UUUUGAGUCUAGGAGUUGUCGACUUUAAUUGCGUCUGCUUACAGGAACAGCCCCUAUGAAUUUUGCAGCCUUCAGUUUUCUGAAUGGACGCGCUGGGAAGCUUCUCCGGUGACAUGGAAAUGCGCGUUAUUGAGCGUGUAGCCGGAUGCUGAGGACGCCCUAUCCAAUAAGUCAAUUUUAGCUUUCAUUUUGAGUUUUGAACUCUCUUUCCUAACCGGCGACAACAUGGAGGGCACGAGCUUUCAGCCCCAUCCCGGACUUCAACAAACUCUUAAGCAGUUUCAUUUGAGUUCCAUGCGCUCUCUCGGUGGACCGGCGGCGUUCUCCGCUCGGUGGCACCAGGAUUCACUCUUCUGUAAAGAUGGGAAAUCCGCAGAGAUGAUGCUCACCUUGCCGGCUCAGACACCUCCAGUAAUGUCCGGUCCACUGUUCAUCCCGUCCGACCGCUCCACGGAGAGGUGCGAGACGGUCCUGGAGCGGGAGCCGAUCUCCUGCUUCGUUGUGGGUGGCGAGAAGCGGCUGUGCCUGCCGCAGAUCCUCAACAGCGUCCUGAGAGAUUUCUCCCUCCAGCAGAUCAACUCGGUGUGCGAUGACCUGCACAUCUACUGCUCCAGGUGCACGGCGGACCAGCUGGAGAUCCUCAAAGUGGUGGGGAUCCUGCCCUUCUCGGCUCCGUCCUGCGGGCUGAUCACUCAGACGGAUGCUGAGCGCCUCUGCAACGCUCUCAUCUACGGCGGUACUUACCCUCCUCACUGCAACAAGGAGUUAGGCUCCCUGGAGUUGGAGCGAACCGAGAAGAGCUUCAAAGUGUAUCAUGAAUGUUUCGGCCGGUGUAAAGGUUUGUUUGUCCCUGAACUGUACACCGGCCCGAGUGCUGCCUGCAUCCAGUGCAUGGACUGCAGGCUCAUGUUCCCACCUCACAAGUUUGUGGUCCACAGUCACAAGAGACUUGAGAACCGGACAGUCCACUGGGGGUUCGACUCCGCCAACUGGCGGGCCUAUGUGCUCUUAGACCCGGACUACACCGGGAAGGAGGAGAAGAGUCACCUGGAGCAGCUGCUUAAAGAGUUAAAAGGAAAAUAUGAUCUGACGGGCAAGCUGUCCAGUAAAUCGUGCAGAUCUCCCAGCCCUGUCCCAGCCAAGAGGUCCAAAUUUGACAAACUACAAUCCCCAUCAGCUGAAAUAGACAGGAAACCUGACUGGCUACAAUCACUGUCAAAGUCUGCACACAAGGAUCUGAAACAGGUCCAACUGAAACAGAGGCCCUCUGCUUUCCGCCCAUGGUCUCCUAAAGCAGCAGAAAAGGAGAAACCAGCUACUCAGAAUGAGGUGGAGAGGUCCUAUUCAAAGAAUCAGAAGACUUUGGUGGCUCCCAAUCUGGAACAAGCGCCCCUGGCCCCUCUGGUCCAUCCCAGGGACAGCCACGCUCCUGGCAGGGGGGCUGCAGCCAUUUCCAGGCCACCACAGGAGCUGCAUAAUGGUGACGCACAAUCUGCAGCCAAAUUGGCCCCUUCCAGUGCCACCAAUGGAACCGACGAUAUGGACACAGAUGGAGAAAUUGAUGUGGAUGACUGUGAUGAUCAUCCAGUGCCAGCUUCCUCCCUGGCAUCACCUCCCUCCGCCUGCACUGGUGUGUCUCAGACUCUGACCCCUCAGAGUGUUGCUCGGCCUCAGGAGGGAGCUGCCUGGCUUUCGGCAACCGUUUGCCCAGAGUUGGACACCCUAAGACAGAUGCUCUAUGCUGGUCUGGACACAAAGGAAGCCAGAGAAAAACUCCUGCAGGAGAUCGUCAGGAUGAGAGUGAAGCAGGAGGAGAAACUGGCAGCCGCUGUGCAAGCGAAACGCAGCCUUCAGCAGGAAUUGGAGUUUGUGAGGGUGGCUAAGAAAGGACGUCUUCGUGAAGCCAUAGAAGCCAAGCGAAAUCUGAGAAAGGAGAUUGAACGCCUUCGUGUGGAUUGGGAGAGGAAGAUGAGGGACACGGAGGAGUCAUGUGGGCGGCUGAAGAGAGAGUUGGAGAGGGAGAGACAGUUACGAGUUUGUGACAAAGGCUGUGAGGCUGAACGUCUCCGGGUCAAGUAUUCCACUCAGAUUGAAGAGUUGCAUGUGCAGCUACAGCAAGCAGAAGCUGACCGGGAGCAGCUGAGGCAGGAACUGCAGCAGGAGAGAGAAGCUCGGCAGAGUCUGGAGAGUAUCGUUAAAGACCUGCAAACCCAGCUGGCCCUGCAGGCUGACAACUGCCCUCCUGGAGACUCCAUAGACGCACACAGACAGCACACCAAUGGAUCCUAAAGUUGCACAUUCUCAACUGGAGUAAGAGACUCACUACAAAGGAGCAUGGUUAAGGACUUUGUUGCACCUCCUGUUAUGGAAAAGAAACUCAGCAAAAUGCUAAGUCAGUUUUGUAGAGGAAAAAUCUGUCAUAUAUAAUAUGAUAUGAUAUAAAUCAAUAUUAUUAUGGCAAUAUAUGAAUUUUAUGAAAUGAACUGGAAAGUAGCAUGAUGUCUGAGCAUGUUGUAGAGCGUGAAACUAAGAAAGACUUCUUCAGUGAUGAACACAUCUCUCCAGUGACGUCAGAGCCCUCAGUUAGACACCUGACGCUGUCCAAGGAUAUUAUUUUGGUAUAAGCUAUUCUAAGAUGUGCAAAUACAGCCACAUAACACUACUUGAAUAUGAAGGGAAGAAACAUGUUGCGCCUGGUGAAACAUGAGUAGAUGAAACUCUUGGUGCCACAAAAUAUUGGUACACUCAAAGGUGUCAUUGCAGACCACUGGAAACAAGAGACACCAGUUUACCACUAUUUACUUUUAAUAUCAGCUUGCUUUUUAUAACUGUGUAGAGGAUGUACUUUUUAAGAAAUAUUGCUUGCGCAGCACUGUUAUUCCACAGGCAAGAAAAAAACACCCAUAUACAAACAUGUACGCAUGUAUACCAGCUUGUCUACCUUUUUGUAUUUUAUAAACCUGACGUAUUGGAGGUUACGUGGGCCGCCUUCAGGCCCACCA